UCCUCGACAAAUGACAAUGUAAACAAUGUUGAAAUAAUAUAUGUUAUAUUAUUAUAUUUUAAUUUAAUUUUGUUAAUAAAUUACACUCCAUCGCGGCUCAAAUAAUAUUCGUGUUCGCAACAGCAAUAAACUUAUGUAAUCUGCAAUAAUUAAACGUAUCACUCUACUAUACCGUGUACACGAUUUUUUUAAAAUUUUAUCGACCAAUAUAAUAUUAGUGUUACCGGAACAAAACGGCAAAAAAAAAUGCUUUAUCGAAAAAUACGUGCCCUCGACGAUAAUCGGCAACUAUAAAAUCCGUGUACUUUACCACCGCGUAAGCGCCAUUUAAUAAUAAUUAUUAUUGUGGAAUUCGAAUUUUGUUCUUAUCGUCGAAACUCGUGCGCGUGUGUGUGCGUUUUUUUUCUUCCCAAGAAUUAUUAUUAUGUUUCUAUACAAUUAUUAAGUAUUAUUAUUAUUGCCCGCGUUAAGUCGGCGGUGUGAAUUUCAAAUCUAACUGGAAUAUCAUGCGCACCACUUUCGAUUAGAAUCGUUAAUGCGCUGCCCACAAAAUGACCGACAACGAUAACACUUGUGCUUACGACACGUCCACAGAUUGGGUACCGUUGUCUCUGACGUUUGUCGAAUACCCUAAAGGUAAUUUCUUAGGAAAACUACUCGCUUUGUUCAGUUUAACACCAUUUGUCAUUCUGUCUGGUUUUCUUACGCUGAUACUGUUUCGUAGAGACUUGCAUACGAUUACAUUUUUCAUAGGCGUAGUCAUCAACGAGAUUUGCAACUAUAUACUCAAACAUAUUUUGCAAGAACCCAGACCUCUGGCCAGGAAUUCUUUGUACUCAGAAUACGGUAUGCCAUCUGCCCAUUCACAGUUCAUGUGGUUUUUUGCAUCGUACAUGUUUUUCUUCUCGUUUAUCAGAUUGCAAUACGCCAACAGCACAGCGUUCAAAGAGUUUUUCUGGAAAGUGGCCGCCGUCGUGACUUGUAUAAUUGUCGCUUGCAUAGUGUCGUACAGCAGAAUUUACCUUCAGUAUCACUCGUGGAAACAAGUGAUCUUUGGCGGAUUGGUCGGCCUGUUCAUCGGCACCUGGUGGUUCGCCAUCAUCGACAUUGUGUUGACUCCGUAUUUUCCAGUCGUCACGUCUUGGAAAAUUUCUGAAUUUCUUCUUCUGAGAGAUACGACAUUGAUUCCGAACAUAUUGUGGUUCGAGUACACGAACAUUCGACACGAGGCCAGAGCGAGAGCCAGACGACGUAAAUCGGUAUCGCUCAAGUCACAAUGACUAAGGCUGUGAUUGAUGAAUGGAGUGACUGACCUAGAUGAAAUAAUAUAUGUCCACCCCUACGUUCUGUUUUAUUAACAUACACAUAAAAACAACUAAUAAUAUUGUUUGCAUUUUCUAUUUAUUCAAAAAUUAUUACACUUAGCGGUUAACGACCGAACAACGCUUUAAACCAUAAUAUUACAUUGUCUUUACCUCGUUUUGUAGCACAUAAUUUAUUAUUACUAUUAUAUACUUGUAUAUUUAUGUUCAUAAAAUGUAUUAUGAAAAGUGAAUAACAUUUUUACCCAACUGUUAUUUAUUUAUAAUCGAAUAGUAAAUGUAUUUCUUUUUUUUUUUAACCUCAUUUCUUAAAAAUAAUAAAUUAG